CUAAAAUACCGGCUAUAGAAAUAUAAAUUUUAAGACGCGUCGUAGUAGAUAGACACAUGGUAAAAGAAAAAGAAGUUGCUUGUAUUCGUAUCGCUAGCAAAAUGGCUGAGGUAAAGUCACGUAGGGUUGCUCAAGCAGAAGAUUUAUCAAAUGUGGAGUUUGAAACAAGUGAAGAUGUUGAAGUUAUUCCUACGUUUGAUAAUAUGAAUCUACGGGAGGAAUUACUAAGAGGGAUUUAUGCAUAUGGUUUUGAAAAGCCAUCGGCCAUACAACAAAGAUCUAUAAGACCUAUAAUGCAAGGCAGAGAUGUGAUAGCACAGGCACAAUCUGGUACAGGAAAAACUGCAACUUUUUCAAUCGCUAUAUUACAAUCUUUGGAUACGGAAGUACGAGAAACACAAGUACUUGUCCUUUCACCAACUCGAGAACUUGCUACUCAGAUACAAAAGGUUAUUCUUGCAUUAGGUGACUUUAUGAAUGUGCAAUGUCACGCAUGCAUAGGAGGUACAAAUCUUGGAGAAGAUAUAAGAAAGCUCGAUUAUGGGCAACACGUAGUAUCAGGCACACCCGGCAGAGUAUUCGAUAUGAUAAAAAGAAGAGUACUUCGUACUAGGGCUAUUAAAAUGCUAGUACUUGAUGAAUCCGACGAAAUGCUUAAUAAAGGUUUCAAAGAACAAAUUUACGAUGUAUAUCGUUAUUUACCACCAGCAACGCAAGUUGUCCUAGUGUCAGCUACGUUGCCGCAUGAAAUUCUUGAGAUGACAAGUAAAUUUAUGACAGAUCCUAUUCGUAUUCUUGUAAAGCGUGAUGAAUUGACUUUAGAAGGAAUAAAACAAUUCUUUGUCGCCGUUGAACGCGAAGAAUGGAAAUUUGAUACACUCUGCGAUUUAUACGAUACUUUAACUAUUACUCAAGCAGUAAUAUUUUGUAAUACAAAGCGUAAAGUUGAUUGGCUAACGGAAAAAAUGAGAGAAGCCAAUUUUACGGUAUGUUCUAUGCACGGAGAUAUGCCACAAAAAGAGAGAGAUAAUAUUAUGAAAGAAUUUCGUUCUGGACAAAGUCGAGUCCUAAUAACAACUGACGUUUGGGCCAGAGGAAUAGACGUCCAGCAAGUGUCGCUCGUCAUUAAUUACGAUUUACCUAACAAUCGUGAAUUAUAUAUCCAUAGAAUAGGCCGAUCAGGCCGUUUUGGCCGAAAAGGUGUUUCCAUUAAUUUUGUCAAAACUGAUGAUAUCAGAAUCUUGAGAGAUAUCGAACAGUAUUAUUCGACACAAAUUGAUGAAAUGCCUAUGAAUGUAGCUGAUUUAAUAUAAGACACAUAUGCACAUA